UUUGAUAGUUGCAUUUCUAUGACAUCUUUCUCUCCUUCUAUUUUUUUAAAUGCCUCAAACAGACAGGACAGCUGAGCAGGAGAAAAGCAAACACUCAGGGCAGCCAUCAAGCAGUAAAGCAACAUCAUAUUCUCGCGAGGAAAACCCAGAAGCAGAGGACUCUGAGGAGGAAGUUGGAGAAGAGGAGGAGGAUGAGGAGGAAGAUGAUGAUGACGAUGAUGAUGAAGAUGAGGAGGAUGAAGAAGAGGAAGAGGAGUAUGAGGAUGAUGAAGAAGAAGAUGAUGAGGAGGAAAGCGAAGAGGAGGAUGGGGAAGAAGAUGAAGAAGAGAAUGACUGUGAGGAGGAGGAUGAUGACAACUGUGUGGCUUCUGUUGAGGUCAACACUACUGAGCAUGAAGAUAUACAAAAAUCCUCUGUUACUAAGAUUACUGAAAGUGCUGAUACUCAAAACAUACCUGACCAUGACAUCUCUUAUAACAGUGGAACAAGUCCUGGUAAUGUUGAUGCCUCGGGGGCAAAUGCCGAAACAGAGACUCAAAAUACUGACCUUGUCUGCCCAGUUGGAACAGCAAGUUAUGCAAUGGCAGCGACAUUAAAUGUAGAGGAAGAUUGUGUCGUGUCAGCCAUUAGGGUGGAAUCUAAGUUUUCUGAUGAAGAUGACAGCCUUGGAAAAGAAUGGUCAUCACGCCAAAACAUAAUUUCAGACCCAGGUUCAACAGGAGGUCCUGUAAGGCAUGGCACCGAGCCUCUCUCACCUAGAAAGGUUAAGGAAGAGGAAGAGUUUGAGAGAGAAAUGGAAAAGGAUGAUGAUGACUCCUGGAGCAAUAAACAAAACAGUAAUGACAUGGUAUGGAAUGACAGUGAUGAUGAAGAAGAUAAUCAAACAGGGAGAUUUGGUCGCAACACCAUACUUGCUAAUCGAAAGGAUGUGUUACCUAAGGUUGAAGCAGUAAAUACAGACAGCACGUCUGAUGCUGAAGAUGAUGCUGGAUCAAACAAAGAAGGCCUCAAAGAAGAGAAACGCAGGUCCUCAUGGGGCUCUUCAUUAGAGGACAGCGACAGUGACCUGCCCAAAGGAGACGAGGUCAAGAAGGAUAUACUUGAUCAGAAAAGUGACAUUCAAGCAUCAGGUUUACAACAAGAAGCCGCAACACUGCAUGAGAAAAGCAUAUUACCUCAACCAAGUGAAGACCAUGUAGAUACGUCAGCUCCAGCUGUACCAUCUCCAAAACAUGUCUCACCCAAGAAAAUGCUAAAGGAACCAAAAUCUUUUGUAGGACCAUGUUUAGCAAGCUCCCCUCAGGUUGCAGGUAAAGCAACAGUAGAUGAAUCAGAGUGGGACUCUUCCUCUAACAAUAAUGACCAAAAUGAUAAUGGCUCCUUCACUAAAGGUGAAGUGGUGUCAUCACUUUCUAAAACAAAUGUACCAUCAAACAGAAUGGGAGAGCAGUACUGUUCUGAUGACUCUUGGGAAGAAGAUAAAGAAAGUAUUGAUAAAGCAUCAAAUGACCCCUCCCCUGCAGUGUCACCAACACCCGAGGAUGAAAAUACAACCAAAAAACAAAUACCAGAUAAUGAUGAUGUUGAGUCAGUUGGUCAGUCAUCACAAAUGGAAGGGAAAUUAGAUCCAGAAAAUGAGAAAGGUGAUGAUAGUACCUGGGAUGAUAAAGAUGAAAGUGAUGAGUCAGAAAAGCAGCAGACAAUGAAGACAAAGGAUGAUGAAGUUGCAGAUUGUGGUGAAGCCUUGAACAUGCGGAUUUCUACCCCAGCCAAUUUGCAGUCACCAAAGUUGAGGCCUACAAGUGUAGGUGUGGGAGAUGACUCUGAUAAUAUGCUUGAUGGAUGCCUUCGUGGAGGCGACAAGGCAGAUGAUGAGCAUGAAGCUAGAUUAGCAGCAUAUGUUCCACUAGAAAAUAAAAAUGCUAUUGUUCCUCAGAGAAGAGAGUCAUCAGAUGACCUUGAUAGAGAGCCAAAGCAGGAAAAUAUUUUUUCCCACCCACCCACCAAAGAAGAUGUCACUGUUGGUCAAUGCCAUGUUUCAGACAGAAGCACAUUUUCUGAUGAAGUAUUACCUCAGACUGACAUUGAUGAUGUAGAUUUAGACUCACCUGAUGAAGCAGACAGCAUAGGCAUAAGAAAUCAGCAGCUCAGAAACAUUGACGAACCUAUAAUUCAGAAAGAAGAUUCCACUCAGGAUGAAGAUGAAGAUGAGGAUGACGAUGAAGAUGACGACGACAACGACAAUGACAAAGGGGAGAUGAGAGAUGAUGAUGAGGAGGAAGUGGAAGGAGACAUCUCAGAUGACAAUGAUCAGCCUGAAAACAGUGGAGAGUCCCUUGACACCACUUCACCUGUUCCUGAAACCGAAGUCUCAAAAGAUAAGAAAAGAGAUUUCCGGUCUGAGCUGGGUCUCGAGAAGGGAGAGGAAGAGCAAGAUUCUUGGGACUCUGAGUCCCAUUCUGAAAAUGCCAAUAUGCCACAUGAAGAGAAACAAAGCUUGCAUACUCAGGAUCAAGAAGAGAUGUCCACUGUUGAAGAAGAAAUUAGAGAAAACUUGUUUUAUAUUCCCUCUUUUCUAAGAGGGGAAAGAGGCAAUAGGAUGGCAGUUCUAGUUCCUCGGAGGAGUGUAGAAAGGCCAAGAGGCGGCCAGGGAGAGGUUGGAACCAAGGAUAGUGGUGAUAAUGGAAGAGAACAUGUUGUUAAAGAUGAUACUACACAGAGAGAGACUGAGAAAGCAAAAUGCCUGUCACUUAGUGUUUGGAGCAAACUUGAAGGAGAUAAGGACCGAAAGACAGACCUAAUAGAAGAGCUUGGUGUGGGUGAUAUUGAUGAUCUUGAAGAUGCAUCAGACUGGGACUCGGCCAGUACAACCAGUAAGAAAACCCUGCCUGGCCGCAGAAUGGCCUCCCCCGGACUUGAGGAGUUUCCAGAAUCCACCAUUCCAUCUGUUAAAGAGCAGGAUGAAGCUGUCGCUCCAGUAGCACCCUUGACACCUCAGAGGAGCAUCAACUCUGAUGUGGGAUUGCCCAGCACACCCACUCAACUCAUACCCCAUCCUCAACCUCGAGCAAGGAAAAUGGUGCUUCAGAAACCAGAGAGUGAAGAAGAGUCAGAUUGGGAACCAGACAAUUUGGCAUCAUCUUCCAUUAAAUCCAAAAUUGACAAUCAGCUGCAAAACAUAGCUGAGCUUCAGGCAGUUGAUAAACCAGGUUCUCCUGAGCUUUCAGCAAUGGCAAGAGAAAGUAAAAGUAACCAAGAGUCUGAUGAGCAUCAACAUAAGGAGAAAGAUAAUGCAGGAGAUAAUUGUGAGUUAGAUUUAAAAAACCCAUGGGCAUCUGGGCAUCACAUGGGCUCUGACAGAGGAGAAAUGGAUAACGACUUCCGAGAUCAGUGCACUCCUGAAGAAAGAAGUGAAGCAGGUGAUGACGUUCCAUGGGAGAAACGUUACGAGAAGCUCUGGGUAGAGGUGGAGAAACGGGAAGUAAAAUCCACCUUCAAGAAUGUUGCUGGUGAAUUAAAAGAGAAGUUUGGGGAACUGCUUAAAUCAACAUGUCCCACAGAAAAUGUUGCAGAAGAAGAACAGGCCACAGCUGAAUCUACUUCUGCAGAAGAGUCAAGUGAGGAAGAGGAGGGGGAAAUCAUUGUGCGCCCCACAGCCAGAGCAAGGAGUACUGUCCUUCUUACUAUACCUGAGCAGAGGGAGUCUGGACUGGAAGACUCUGACCUUUGUGAGUCAACUGACAACUCUCUGUGUGAAAAAAGGAUGCAGGUCUGUCAGCCCCUGGUCAGCGACAACAGCCAGCCUCAGGAGGCAUCAGAUCUACUCACUGAUGAUGUUCUGGAGUGCAGGUCUCCCUCACCACAACUCACCACAGCACAGGCAGAGAGCAACAUAGAUCAUGCUACCACAGCUUUUACUGAUGAACACACCAUACCCAUUUCUGAUAUUGACUCUAGCUCAAUCUUAAAAGAUGAGACCAAACUUGGGAUGUUCCACAAGCAACAGACAGACUCAAUCUUUAAGGACAAAACUGCUGAUCUAGAUGAAGCUGAGAAGAACAAUGCAAGUUCAGAGGAGAAACCUGAGGAGAUCACAAAGUCUUGCCCCCAUUCCCUAAGCAGACAGUCAGCAUCUAUCCAGGGUGUCUCUGAUGAGGAGCUGGAAGAGGACGUGGAAAGGUUUAAAUUUAAGGUUGGCAAAGAGACAGCAAGGACUGAAAUGGAAGUGCAAAAAUCCAGUGCUUCCUGGGAUGCUGGCGGAACGACAUUGGAUGAAGUGGGUACUGAGAAACCUGAGAUCAGGUUAGGAUGCCUGUCAAGUCAAGCUGGAGCAGUUCACCAGGAACAGCAGCCUGCAGCCACCAAGAGCACCAACGGGGCUCCAGUGCAAUCGCAUCUCCCACUCCAGCAGACCUACUAUAGCAACAAACAGGAGAGACAAGCUGUAGAGGAGAGGACAUUAAAGCUGGAGCUGGUCAGAGGGGCCCGGCACAGCAGAGCCCCUCAGACCAACACCCAUGUUAAUGGAGAUCCUCUCUCUGUGUUUGACGAUAGCACUUUAAGUGAAGUGUCGGACGAUGAAGAAAGGUUGCCUACCAGUGGACAACAGAAAAAUGAGAACCCUGAAGAGGUGGAGAUGGCAGAAGACUUUGAUGAACUCACUCAGUCAUCAGACACAGCCACAGAUGACAUCGACUCUCCUACUUCAGGCUAUCGGCACGCAUCCCUCCUCAUUCAGAAGCUGGACUCAGCCACUUUAGACUCCAGGAGCAUGGUGAAGCUACAGAACAUUUUUCAUGAAUAUGAACGCUCCAUCCAAAAGGCAAGGAGUCGCCAUGGGUACUUGGCUGACAAGGUGAGCCAGCUGGAAAUGGAGAGAGCGGAGUUAAAAAGCUCUCUAGAGGAAGUUAAAGACGUUAAGUCUGCCUUGGAGCGCAACCAGCUGGAAUUGCAGACCGAAGUCACAAACCUCAAAUUUCAGUUGAAACAGGAGCAGGAAAAUCGACGCAAUGCCACCAUGAUGUACAACACCACCAGAGAUAAGCUGAGGAGGACGGAGGAGCAGCACCAGUUAGAGGUUCAGGAAAGACAGAAGGUGGAGCUCACCCUCAGGAACCUGGAGCUAGAGAUGAGGACUCUGAUCAACAACAUGAAACAGCUUGAAGACGACCUUGGUGAGACCCAAAGGCUGCUGGCUCAGGAGCGCAGUGCAAGGACACUGCAGGAGAAUCUGCUCAACAGCCAUCUCCGUAAGCAACAAGAGAUCGAGGAGGAGAACAAAAGAAAUAUAAGCAAGAGCAAUGAGGCCUUGUCUCAGCUCACUGAGGCCAGUGACAGGGAGAGAGAGUUGCUACAGCAGACUGCUACCUUACAGGAGCAGCUGACCAUCCUUAGAACAGACCUUGAGCGUUCGCAGGCCAGCAGCAGUCUCAAAGAGAGCCACAUUUUGGAGGAGAACGAGACCCUCAAGGAACAGCUAGAAGAUGUUCGACGAGAUCUUAAACUCAACAAUGAAGCCCUGACACAAACUGUCUUCAAUUGCAAUAACCAAGUGACCAGUGUAAAGUCUGAGUUAGCUAUGUUAACAACCCGCCUGGAAAAUGAGCGACAGACUCGCGAAACAUUGGAGGUAGAACUAGAGUCUACUCGUACCCGCCUGGCUGGUGCAGUAAAGGAGGCUGAGCAUUGCCUGGCAGUUCACAAAGACACAGAGAAAGCUCUUCUCCGGGAGAAAGAGGAACACCAGCGUCUUAAAGACAGACUCACAGGUGAAGCAGCCAGUCAGCGUGAGACAGUCAGCAGCCUUUCCCAGAAGCUGGCCAAGGCAGAGGCUCGAGCAAACAGCAUGGAGAAUGAAGUUCAUCGGGUCACACUGCAGCUGACAGAGAAGGGCCUACUGCUGGAUGUUCUACAACGGGAGAAGGACCAGGCAACUGCACGUGUCAAGGAGCUAGAGAUGGCUCUGCAGGCAGAGAAGGAGCUGGUCAGCCGUGCUAGAGCUCAGCAAGAGGCCACACAGGAGCGGCUAGCCCAAGCCCAAAGUGAGAGUAUGUUAUUACGGCAACAGUUAGAAGAGGCCCAGAACAAAGGUGUUGCAAAGGAGCGUGCUGUGACAGAUGCCCAAGAGCGCUUCAGCGACAUUCUGACCAAGCUGCGCUCCGACAGCGAAGAGAGGGUACAACUAGUGGAGGAGAGAAACAAGGAGCUCGCCAGUAAGGCUGCUGAUCUCAGAGAUCAGAUCUACAAGUUGGAGGAAGAGAAGAACGAAAGAGAGACUAGUCUAAGGCAGCUGCAGCAGGAGCUAGCUGACUCACUCAAGAAGCUGUCAAUGAGUGAGGCUUCUCUGGAGGUUAACACGCGUUAUCGCAAUGACCUGGAGGAGGAGAAAGCCCGGCUCCUUAAAGACAUGGACAGGCUUAAAGUAAAGCUGGAGGAAAGCGAAGACCGCUUUGUGCAGGCUGAGAGGCGUAUCAACAGUUUUAAGAGCAGUCUUGAUGAGAAAGAAAAGGAAAUCAACACUGCUGCUCAGAAACUGCAGGAGGCGCUGUCUGCCUCAGCAGCUUCUGAUACCACCAUUAAACAGCUGGAGGAAGCUGUGCAGAGGCUCGAAAUAGAGAAUGCCAGGCUGGAAGCGGCUGCAAAGCAACAGUCCAACAAAAUCGAGUCACUUCAGAAAGGAGCUCAGGAAGCUGCCAUGGUCAGAGGUCAUUUGGAGGACUUGGUUACAAACCUCCAAAGCAGUAAGAUGACUUUGGAAGACCAACUCAGUAGAGAGGUCCAGAAGCAAAGCAUGCUGUCUCACACAGCCCAGGACUCUCAGGCCUUGUGGGAGGAGGAGCUGAAAAGUCGCUCUAAGUUAGGACUGCGUCUGGCAGAGCUUGAAAAGGAAAAAGGAGAACUGAAUACCCAGAUGGAAAUAGAGAAGAAGAAAGCAAAGAAAAUAGCAGAACAGAAAAAGGCUGUGGACACUCGUCUGGAUCAAGAGAUGAAGAGAAACACAGAGCUUCAAAAAGAAAUGUACAGGCUGCGUUCUCUAUUGAAGACUGCAAAAAAGAAACUGCGGGAUCAGGACACAGGUGGAGCUGAGUUUGGCUCUCCUAUGAGCAGUCUACGGAUGGACUUGGGGAGACACAGCCAGGCUGAAGGUGGCUUUGGACGAAUGAAAGAAAAGGUGGACGAUUUGCAGGUGCAACUGGAGAGGGAAGUGUCCCGUCGCAACCAGCUAGAGAAGGUGAAUGGUGAGCUUAAGGAUCAGCUGGCCUCCCUGAAAAGCUUCAGCCACAGCACUGAGCAUCUGGAAAAGAGUAAGAGGCAGCUAGAGGAGGAGGUGUUGGACCUGAGGCGCAGAAUGGAGGCCGCUCAGAUGGAGCAGAACCAGCUGGAGCAGUACCGCCGUGAUGCAGAGGAAAGGGCCCGUCAAGAAAUACAACAGAAAUUGGAGCAGGUUAACCUCUUCCUGCAGUCCCAGGCAGCAUCCCAAGAAGCAUUAGAUCAGAUUAAAGCAGCCAAUGAGGCUAACCUGCGCUCUCAGCUGGAGCAGAAGAUCCGGGAGCUGGAGGGAGAACUGGGUCGCGCCCGCACCACCCAGCAAGACAGCCUUAACCAAAGAGACUCCACACGCACCGAGCUAGAGCGAUACCGGCAGCUUUACACUGAGGAGCUGCACCUCCGCAAGUCCCUGGCUGCUAAACUAGAGAGGUCCAACAGUCGGCUUGCAGAAGCCAAUUCCAAGUUGCUCAAUGAGCGCAGCAGGUCUCUUAUCACCAGCAGCAUUGCAAACGGUAGCCUUGGAGGGCCCUCGCUGGACGUGGGCACUUUGGGUUCACCAGCAAACUAUGGGGCCCCACUGGGGCCCCUCAACAGAAGCCUCGGCCUGGGACUCUCCCUUCUCAGCCCUGUGACUGAGGGACAGAACAGCAGGGUGGAGGACUAUCUGGCCAAGAUGCAGAGUGAGUUGGAUAGAAACAUAUCAAAGGAAUUAAACAAUGCCACAGCAGAGCUGGACAUUGCCUCUGCCCGUAUGUCCCCUGUGGGCUCGGCCUCGAGGGUGGAGCUGGACCCCGUCAGCAGGGCGACGCAGCAGUACUUGGAGGUACUGAAGAAAAACAAUAUGAUCUGACCACACAUCACAGCUGCUUGUAUAUACUCAAAUGCAGAUGUUGUAUUUCAGCCAUUAAAGCACCAACUUAAAGGCCAAAGCCACAGCCUAGUCAUAUAACUACAAGAUUCCAACUAUGUAUUGUCUUUUAUGAAAGAAAGCGAACAGAAUGCACAUUGCACUUAACCACUCAGGAACAGAGGGCAUGAGUCAUAUAUAUAUGUUGCAUUGUUGAUGGGUACAAUUAGAGAAAACCUCAAAAGUAUUUGUUGCUUCUGACUAAUUCCGUUCCAUCUGUAACUGUUUUGUUUCUAUUAGCGCAAUAUAUAUAGAGAGAAUCGUAGUUUGAAUUUUUAUUUGUGAAUAUUGGUGUUGCUAAAUUUUAAGUAUUUGAUGUAUGCAUCAUUAUUAAUUUUUGCCAAGAUAUUACAUUUGGUAUGUGCCAUCAAAUGGUGCAAUAUCUGUCUUGGUCUUACUUUAUUAGACUUAUUGGCGUAUUGUGUUUUAUGAUUAUUUUAUUUAUUCUUUUUGUUUCCAAAUGAACAUGAUAUACUUGAAUAAGACGAGCUGGAAUACUCUCUGGCUAUUGAAACAGGGUGACUACAUUUGUAUAGCUAUCAUUUCAGCUUUUGCUUGGCUUGAUUUUAGGGCCACCAAAAGCGAAAUAGAUUCAUUUUGAUUCAUAAAUACUCUAACAAAAUACAUAUAGGAAAACAUUUAUGACGCCUGUACAUUACAGAAGACUCUUAAGUUGUAAAUAAAACUGCAGAAAACCUUAAA